AUGGCUGAAGAGACCAAAAAAUCUGUUACUGAGGCCUCUUGUGCAAAUGAAGAGAUUGUGAAAUCUGAUGUUCCGGCGGUUGUAGAGAAAGAAGAGGCGCCGGAACCAGUUCCGGAGGCGGAGAAGGUUGAGAAACCGCUGGAAGAAGUGGUGGAAGGUGAGAACGAUGAAGCUGUUGAUGAAAACAAGAUAACUGAAUCUGUUUCAUUCAAGGAGGAAAGCAAUAAGGUUGAUGAACUUAUUGAUCCACAAAAGAAGGCCUUGGAUGAGUUCAAGAAGUUGAUUCAUGAGGCGCUUAUCAAGCAUGAAUUCACCGCCCCAUCACCUCCGCCACCAGUCCCGCCCAAGGAGGAGGAGGAGAAGCCGGAAGGGAAAAAGGAUGAAGAAUCCAAACCUGAAGAGAAGAAAGAUGAAGAGCCAAAACCAGAAGCUUGUGAGGCUCCUGUUGAAACUCCACCACCACCAGCCGUAGAGCCGGUCGAGACAAAGCAUGAAGAGAAACCAUCAGAAUCAGUGGUUGUUGUGGAGAAAGUUGAAGCAGCUUUCGAAGAAAACAAAGAAACAAUAGUUCAUGAGGUUACCGCAGUGGCCCCACCACAGCCACCAGCCGAGGAGUGCCUUCCAGCGCCCACGGAGGAAGAUAAGCCAAAAGAGAAGACACUGGCAGAGGAAACCACACCACCACCACAACCGGAGGAGGUUGAACUCUGGGGAUAUCAACUCUUGGCCGAUGAAAAGAGCGAUGUAAUUCUCCUCAAGUUCUUAAGAGCUAGAGAUUUCAAGGUAAAAGAAGCCUUGGCCAUGCUCAAAAGUGUUGUAGCCUGGAGAAAGGAAUUCAAAAUCGAUGAAUUACUAGAAGAGGACGGAAUUGGUGAGGGUCUCGAAAGGGUAGCCUACAUUCAUGGAGUAGAUAAAGAAGGACACCCUGUUUGUUACAAUGCUUUUGGAGAGUUCCAAGACAAGGAAUUGUACAACAAAACCUUGUCUGAUGCCGAAAAACGAUCAAGCUUUUUGAGAUGGUAUAUUCAGUUUCUCGAAAAGAAUAUUAGGAAACUUGAUUUCAGUCCUGAUGGUACUUGCACUAUUGUUCAAAUCACCGAUCUCAAGAGUUCACCUGGACUCUUCUUAUUCAAGACGGAACUUCGUCAAGCCACCAAUCAGGCCCUUCAAUUGCUCCAGGACAAUUAUCCCGAAUUCGUAGCCAAACAGGUGUUCAUCAAUGUUCCUUGGUGGUACGUAGCCUACAAUAGGAUGAUCAGUCCAUUCUUGACCCAAAGAACCAAGAGCAAGUUUGCGUUUGCAAGCCCAGCCAAGGCUGCUGAGACUCUUUUCAAAUACAUUGCGCCCGAGCAAGUACCAGUUCAAUACGGUGGCCUUAGUAAGGAGGGUGAAACAGAAUUCACAACUGCUGAUCCUGCGACUGAGGAAACUAUUAAGCCGACUUCUAAGCACGUCAUUGAAUGGUCAAUCACCGAGGCUUGCACAUUGGAUUGGGAAGUGAGAGUACUAGGAUGGGAUGUCUCCUAUGGAGCCGAGUUUAUUCCCAACACGGAGGAUGGAUACACUAAGAUUGUACAAAAGUCAAGGAAGAUUGGACCAUCUGAUGAACAAGUAAUUAGCUGCAGCUUCAAAAUUGGCGAAGCCGGGAAGGUCGUGCUCGCAUUUGAUAACCAAACAUCUAAAAAGAAGAAGCUUCUUUACAGGUCCAAGACCAAGCACUCUGAUUGA